AUGGCUUCGCAGGGCCCCUCAAUCGGCACAUUGUCAUCCAUCCCUGAGGUAGGGCAGAUCGUACGGCAUGGCGACAAAGAAUAUGAAACCGUGAAAGAGGGUCUUGCGUAUAUCCUUGUUCCUCGACAGUCCACGUCUUCGUCCGAAAAAGAGCGGAAAAACAGGCCUACUGAAGAUAAAGAUAGGCCGGCUGUUUUCUACAAUCCCAUUCAACAGUUUAACCGGGACCUAAGCGUGUUAGCGAUUCGUGCGUAUGGAGAGCAUGCUAUUGCCAUGAAGACCGAGAAACACGAAAAGAAGCUGAAGCGGCGGGACAGUCACUGCAAGGGGAAAAAAAGAAAACGGGAAGCGCUUGACGGGGAUACUGGAACGGGAAGCAAGAAAUCGUGCGUCGAUGAGAGAUCGGAUAUACCUGCACCAGCGGUCUCGGAGGUUGCUCCCUCCGUCGCUGAGCAAGAGCAGCCCAAUGCUGCAGAGAAUAACGAGACACCAUGGACACCAUCCUUCACCAUUCUCGACGCAUUAUCCGCAACGGGCUUACGAGCACUUCGUUAUGCUAAAGAAAUUCCAUUUGCGACCCAAGUGGUGGCAAACGAUCUCUCUGCGCUCGCAAUAGCGUCGAUGAAGAACAACAUCAAACAUAACAGAGUAGAUGAUAUCGUUCGGCCAAACAACGGAGACGCAUGCUCAUAUAUGUAUAGCAUCCUCGGCCCUCAGAAGCCGCAUAAAGAUGGUUCGUAUUUCGGUAAGUUCGACGUGGUUGAUCUCGAUCCUUAUGGGACAGCAGCGCCAUUCAUGGACGCGGCUGUGCAAGCUGUCACCGAUGGAGGAAUGUUGUGCGUUACUUGUACAGACGCUGGGGUUUUUGCGGCUACUGGAUAUCCGGAGAAGGCAUAUGCCCUUUACGGUGGCAUCCCGAUUAAGGGAGUCCACUCGCACGAAGGUGGCUUACGUCUGAUCUUACAUGCUCUAGCGACUAGCGCUGCGAAGUACGGUAUUGCAAUCGAGCCGUUGCUUUCUCUUUCUAUCGAUUUCUACGCGAGAUUGUUUGUUCGUGUCCACAGAUCUCCUUCUGAGGUGAAGUUCACUGCUGGAAAGUCGAUGGUUGUGUAUAAUUGCGAUAGCGGUUGCGGAGCCUGGUCAACGCAGCGCCUUUCAUAUACCCGGCAAAAGGAGGGGAAAAACGGUAAUCCGUUUUACGUUUAUCGCCUGAGCCAAGCUCCGAUUGCGUCCCCUAAUUGUGAACAUUGCGGAUUCAGGACUCAUCUUGCUGGCCCAAUGUGGGCGGGACCGCUACAUAACCCUCAUUUCGUCCAACGGAUUCUUGAUUUACUUGGAGGAGCCGAUCGAGAGACAUAUCCAACGUUUGGUCGCAUAGAAGGGAUGUUGACCACUGCUCUUGAAGAAGAUUUGAAUCUUGGAGGGUCAUCGAAAGAACCUACCCCUGAGCCAGAAUCGUCCACCAAUGACCUUGACAGCAAUACAGCUCCUUCUUUACUCAUUCCACGAGUUGACCCGGCUCAAAUUGAGCCGUACCCGUUCUUUUUUAUAACUAGCGCCAUUUCCAAAGUUCUACACACCCAGACUAUGCCCGAGAACUCGCUUCGUGGUGCUCUUCGCCACCUCGGCUACAAAUCAACCCGCAGCCACGCCAAGCCUGGCUCAAUACGUACCGAUGCGCCAUGGAGUGUGAUCUGGGAGAUAAUGCGUGAAUGGGUACGCCAAAAAUCUCCUGUCAAAGAAGGGGCCAUUAACGGAGGAAGCCCCGGUGAGGGGAUUAUGAGGAGAGGUAGAGAAAAGCUUGGCAUCGACGGCGAAGGUGCCGGGUUAAGAUCACUUAAACGUGAUAUACUGAGUGCUGUUGAAGCUGGAAAGGACCUCUCGGACUUAACCACGAAGAUUGAGGCUGCUCUUUAUCGAUCCGGUGUGUGUCGACUGCGGACAGAAAAGACUGGACCGGAGAAUGGCGAACAGGGAUCAAUAACUAACAAAACCGGUGAAUCUUCGCUGGAACGGCCUGAUCCGAGUACGUUGGAUAUAGUAUUUGACGAAAGUCUCGGUAGAAAGGCCAUGGAUGCGCAUCACAAGAAGCGUCUCAUCCGUUAUCAAACCAACCCGCGACCGAACUGGGGUCCUUUGGCUCGUGCACCAGUCACCAGUGCGAAGAAAGAUUAA